CUUGUUGCGGGUUUGUGCGCUCUUCUUGGACAGACACGCCGCGGAGGAGAAGGAGAAGUUGUCGUGCGCGUCAGGCAGAUCGAGGGGAGUAAGAUUCUGACUUCUGGCUGUUUCUUUUUUUUUUUGUUUGUUUUGUUUUGAAUUGGUCAAACUGGGAGGGAAUAAGGUACCGGGGCGAGUUUGAGGCGUUUAUCUGCGAGAAUCAAGCAUACCCAACAUUAUGCGGUGCAAUUAUGGCAGGCAAGGAUAAGACAGUCGUGAGGACGCUGGAGGAUUUAACGCUUGAUUCUGGUUAUGGUGGAGCCGCGGACUCGGUCAGGUCGUCCAGCGUGUCGCUCUGCUGCUCCGACACGCACCAGUCCGUCUCGCAUGGAGGCAACUACUGGCAUCUGACGGAAUCCAUGCACAGCAGACACAACAGUUUGGACACGGUUAACACCGUCCUGGCGGAGGACACGGAGAUCCUGGAGUGUGCGGGACACUGCGCCAAGCUGCCCGAGCUGGAGGAGGCACCGUGGAGCCUCGGAGAGGUGGAGGGCGCACUGAGGAAGGACGAGGAGCUGAUGCUGGGGAACCCGUCUCCGGAGGUCCUGGCGCGGCUGUCCGCCCUCAUCAGCCGGGCGCUGGUGAGGGUGGCCCGGGAGGCGCAGCGGCUCAGCUUGCGCUACGCCAAGUGCACCAAACAUGAGAUCCAGAGCGCCAUCAAGGUGGUGCUGUCUUGGACCAUCUCGGUGAACUGCAUCACGGCGGCGCUCAGCGCGCUGUCCCUCUACAACAUGUCCAGCGCCGGAGACAAGUUCAGCCGCGGCAAGUCGGUGCGCUGCGGCUUGGUGUUCUCCGUGGGGAGGUUCUUCAGGUGGAUGGUGGACAGCCGGGUGGCCUUGAGGAUACACGAGCACGCCGCCAUCUACCUGUGCGCCUGCAUGGAGAGCCUGUUCCGGGAGGUGUUCGGCCGCGUCCUGCGCAGCGCGCUGGUGGAGAGGGACAACGGGGUCCCCAAGAUCACGCUGGAGUCCAUGGAGCAAGCCAUCAGCAACGACUCGGAGAUGUGGGGUCUGCUGCAGCCCUACCAGCACCUCAUCUGCGGCAAGAAUUCAAGCGGUGUGCUGAGUCUGCCGGAAAGUUUGAACCUGCACCGAGACCAGCAGCGCUCAGGGAGAGGCGGCGAGGGUCACGGGUACUCCCAGGCCGAGCUGCGCACGCUGGAACAGUCGCUGCUGGCAACCCGAGUGGGCAGCAUCGCGGAGCUGAGUGAUUUGGUUUCCCGGGCCAUGCAUCACCUCCAGCCGUUACACAUCAAGAACCCGAGCAACGGGACGCCGGUCCACCAGAAGAGCAGCUCCACGGUCCACUGGGAACCCGAAGCGCUCUACACCCUCUGCUACUUCAUGCACUGCCCACAGAUGGAGUGGGAGAACCCCAACGUGGAGCCGUCCAAAGUCACCCUGCAAACCGAGAGGCCGUUCUUGGUUCUGCCUCCGCUGAUGGAGUGGAUCCGGGUGGCAGUCGCCCACACCGAGCACAGACGCAGCUUCUCCGUCGACAGCGACGACGUGAGGCAGGCCGCCCGGCUGCUGCUGCCCGGGGUGGACUGUGAGCCGCGGCAAAUAAAAGCUGAAGAUUGUUUCUGCGCCACCCGGAAGCUGGACGCAGCUUCCACCGAGGCCAAGUUCCUGCAGGAUCUGGGCUUCAGGAUGCUCAACUGCGGCCGGACGGACCUGGUCAAGCAGGCCGUCAACCUGCUGGGGCCCGACGGGAUUAACAGCAUGAGCGAACAGGGGAUGACGCCGCUCAUGUACGCCUGCGUGCGCGGCGACGAGGCCAUGGUCCAGAUGCUGCUGGACGCCGGCGCCGACAUCAACAGCGAGGUGCCAAGCACAGUAAACAAGCACCCCUCAGUUUACCCCGAAACGCGCCAGGCGACGCCACUCACGUUCGCCGUGUUGCACGGACACGUCCCUGUCGUGCAGUUGCUGCUGGAUAACAGAACCAGUGUGGAGGGCGCCCUGCAGGAUGGGGCGGAGAACUACACGGAGACGCCGCUCCAACUUGCUGCAGCUGCAGGGAACUUUGAGCUGGUGAGCUUGCUGUUGGAAAGAGGAGCAGACCCCAUGAUCGGCACGAUGUGUCGAAAUGGCAUCUCCUCCACUCCGCUGGGAGACAUGAACUCGUUCAGCCUGGCAGCGUCGCACGGGCACAGGAAUGUUUUCCGGAAGCUUCUGUCCCACUCAGAGAAGGAGAAGGGGGACGUUUUGUCCCUGGAGGAGAUCCUGGCCGAGGGUUCGGAUCCCGGGGAGAAGAGGCCGGCACCGCAGGCUAACUGCAGCGGGACGCUGCGAACAGGAAAGGCCAAACUGCGGGCCCUGAGAGAGGCCAUGUACCAUAGCGCAGAGCAUGGCCAUGUGGACAUCACCAUUGACAUCCGCAGCUUAGGCGUUCCUUGGACGCUGCACACCUGGCUCGAGUCCCUGCGCACCUGCUUCAUGCAGAACCGCCGGCCGCUGAUCCAGGGGCUGCUCAAAGACUUCAGCUGCAUCCAGGAGGACGAGUACACGGAGGAGCUGAUCACACACGGCCUGCCGCUCAUGUUCCAGAUCCUGCGAACCAGCAAGAAUGAAGUGAUUAGCCAGCAGCUGUCGGUCAUUUUCACGCAGUGCUAUGGACCUUUCCCCAUCCCCAAAUUGACAGAGAUCAAGAAGAAACAGACGUCACGCCUGGACCCUCACUUCCUGAACAAUAAGGAGAUGUCUGACGUCACCUUCCUGGUGGAGGGGAAACCGUUUUAUGCACACAAGGUGUUGCUGUUUACAGCGUCAGCCAGGUUCAAGUCUCUGCUGCAGAACAGACCAGCAGCAGAAAACACAUGCAUUGAGAUCAGCCACGUCAAAUACAACAUUUUCCACCUGGUCAUGCAGUAUCUAUACUGCGGCGGCACAGAGUCUCUGCACAUCCGCAACACAGAAGUGAUGGAGCUCCUGUCUGCAGCCAAGUUCUUCCAACUAGAGGCCCUUCAGAGACACUGUGAGAUCAUCUGCUCCAAGAACAUCACCACUGAAACCUGCGUGGACCUUUACAAACACGCCAAGUUUCUCGGUGCGUUGGAGCUAACGGCGUUCAUCGAGGGCUACUUCCUGAAGAACAUGGUGCUGCUGAUCGAACUGGACGCCUUCAAACAGCUCCUGUACGAGCCGCUCGCCGCCACCUCCGCCGAGAGCCCCGCGUCCAGCCCCGGCCUCUGCUCCGACAUCCUCCACGACCUGGAGAAGACCCUGGCCACCCGCAUCCACUCCAUCCACCUCUCCACCUCCAAGGGCUCGGUGGUGUGACCGCAGCCGCAGCAUCGAUGUAACGCCCAUCUUAGCAAACACUGUCCCGCCCACGUCAAACUGCUGUUGGACGAUCUACCGCCAGGAUGUCCCUUUAAUUCUGCUGCUUGUUGAACGUUAAUGUAGUCGUUUGUGACUGAACUUUAUUUUUUUGCCUGAGCUCCUGUCCUGACGGCUGUUCACUGCGGGUAAAAACAAACCUGACUCGAUCAAGACGCCUCAUUCACAAUAAUCCGACUCGCAACUGUAUUUCAUACGGGACACAUGCAUGAAAUACAUGUUUUACACUUUUUUCACUCAGAAAUUAAAGUAGAAGUUUUACUCAUUCAAUACAAAUGAUACAUUUUCUGGAAGUGGAUGCCGCAAAUUAAACCCCUGCUAUACAACCCGUAGCAACUUUUUAGGUGGACUUGCUUACAUUUGAGUCCUUCAGUGUGUUCUCGCUGGACACGUUUCACUGUGUUUUAUCUGCCAUGUUGCAGAAGCCAAACUGAUCACAGGAACUUCCGCCGAGCCGGUUCAAAUAAACCCGAAAUCUAUGCUGACUGAUUCCUAAAACACGGGAAAUGAUUUGUCUUUUUGCAUGACACCUCCUUUACUGAGCUGCCAUCAUGUUGCUUUUUUAUGCACAGCUUACUUCAUGGACCACUUUUUCUGAGCGGGAAGUAAAGAAUUUGCUGCUUAUUAACUUUUUAUUCGCCACAAGUCAGAGCGGGAUUCUGGAGACGGACAGAGUUUCUGAAACUGUAAAUAUCUUCUGAAAAUCAUCGUUUUUGCAAGAUGGUGUAAAAUCCCAACACUCACUCGCCUGGCUGAUGACACCGGCCUCGCUAAACCUGCUCCCCGCUGUGCGUCAGGAUUAUGCAAACUUGCAUGUUUAAUCCAUCUGUAUGACUUGUGUGUUAUGCAACAUCACACUGUGGGAUGCUAGUUUUAGCUGAGCCGAAGGGUUUCCCCUCAAAUUAUUUUUGCUCUGAAGUGUCCCAGAUUAUCAGGAUAGAUUACAAGAUUCAUGCUAGUCCGCAGCUUUUAAAUCUACUAUCUGUGUAUUAAAUUAUCUUAGCUGUUUAGUAUUGAAAUGAACUUCCUAAUACAAUUGAGAUUAUACAUAAAGUAAUAUUUUACUCUCAUUGUUUGGUGGUAAAAGGGAGGCAAAUAUAAAGAUCAACUUUUUAAAAAGUCUAGAAAUCCCAAAAAUAAACUAAAAAUAAUGAAACUAAAUAAAUGAAAAACCAAAGAUGAAACUCUUAUAUGACAAAAAAUGUCACAAGGAGCUAAUAAAAUGUUUGCAUUUUGACGGCUAAUCAAAUUUAUGUUGAUUUCUGAAAAACAAAGUGAUAUAGUUGCGCUUAAAAAACUAAAAAUCAACAUUGUCUUCAUAAUUAAAAGAUAUCAAGAGAAAUUUUCGACUCGACUUGUGAAAGAAUAAUUUUUCCUGGUCUUCUUUGCGAACUUAAAUCUUCAUGUUUCUCUUUGAGAGCAUCAAUAAAGUUAAACUUAAAGUUUCUUCCUUACACUUUCAUAUCAAAAGUAACACAAACCUGCUGUCUGUUGUGUGGUGACAUUUUAGGGGGUUUGGAGACUUCUUUUAACAUUUACUGUCUGCUCUCAGGGUGAACAUGCUUUGUCGGCCAACAUGGACAUGUCAGCAGUUGUUUUAUUUUGAAAUAUCUGAUGACAAAUUAUUCUGAGACGUCUUAAUUUGUUUUUUUACAGAUCUUUUUUCUCACUUAAACAGUAACCAGACUAAAUAUAUCUGAGAUUCAAAAGUGAAAACCUUAUAAAAAAAAAAAACUUGACAGUCUUUUAUUUUAUUGUUUGUUUAAAUUAUUAUAAAAAUAUAUUAUUGUUAAACACAAAUACUUUAAUGUUUAAAUCUUUUUGAAAAACACUGAAUCUUAUAGGAGGGAAUCAUAUUUUCACAUGAAUGUAUAAUGACAGAAAUGCUAAAAUCUUAAAGCUCCUUGCAGAUCAUGCUAAAUAUUUUGCUAAAUUUAUUUAAAAAAACAAAACAAUCUGUGUUGCAUUUGAAUAGUCUGGGUGUCGUAAAACGACUAAGAAACGUCCAGUUUCUGCAUUGCCUCUCAGCAUUUAACUUCAGCAACAGUUAAGUCAAUUUUAUGUUGCUUUGAUUUCAUAAAAUUAAAAUACAAACUGAAAAAGUUAAGAGAGGAAACGGUGAAAUAAGUUGAAGAAAACACGAGUCACAAUGGAUUUUAAUAAAGUUCAUAGCUAUGAUCGCCCCCUGCUGGUGUAGCAUGGGCUUUACAACAUUUUGAAGGACAGAAUGUGUAAAAAGUCAAGAAAUCAUCCAGGAAAUUAAUAAUUAGUAGCUUAAAAAAAUAAGUCUACUAAAUACAAAGUGUGAAUUUAACAAAAGUAAUAAAAAAAACAAGAAUACAUUGUUUACAGUGGUGUCUCAUACAGUAUUGACCCUUUACAACAACUUCACUCUAUCAUUCCAGGCGCCAUGUUGGGCGUCGGAAGUGACGGACGGGCCUGAAAUGCCCGUAUUGAACUGAACAAAGUUGCUUUUUCCAGUUUAUUCGUGGCGCCUUCUUGUUCGAGUCGAGUUAAUUUGUCUGAACGUAACUCGCCUUGUUGGGCCUCAUUGUUGACGGUAUUCACAAGCAGCUAGCUUAGAAACCGACCCGUAAAUCCUCCCUGGUGAUCAAAUUACCGAGUUUACCUCAAUUCACACCGCAUCAUUUAUGUCAAUGUGUCCUAAACAGCGUUUCUCUUCACACCAGAGCAACGUUAGACAUACAAAAGAGAAGAUGCGAACCAGUUUUAUUCCAUAUAUGCUAGGCUACAUGACGGUGCGGCACUGUUUCCAUGGUUACCAAUGGCUAGACACGUACUUUUUCCAUAAUACGAUAUUUUUAAAUCUUUCUAAUUAUUCAUACUUAUAAAGUGACCACUUUCAAAAUGAAAUAGAAUCAAUAAAAUGGAUAUGAUUGUUUUUUACAGGAGCGAAUCGGUUGUUUUAAUGUCCGUCAUGGCGGAGUGGAGCGUGACGUCAUGAGAAAAGGGUCAAUAUUUAUUUAUUUUAGUAAUUCUCUUAAUGCUUAAUGCCCCAAUAUUUAGCAACAGUUUUUUUUUCUUUUCAGAUAUUGACAGUUCAUUCAGAUGUUUUUAAGUUUUAUGCAUUCGGUUGUAUUUUAAUAUACAACUGAAAUCUAUUUAAUGAAUGUAACACAAAGAUUUGGAAAUUGUGCAAUUUUUUUCCAGCAACAAACCAAAUGCAAUUGUCAACAGUUUUAAUAUUUACUAUUUAUAUUCUUAUGAAAUAUAAUUACUGUAGCACAUUCAAAAUUACAUCCAUAUUUUAGCCCAAAUUUUAAGGAAAUCUUAACAUAAUAUAUGAACUUCUAUAAAUAUUGACAGAUUAUAGAUGCUAUACUACAGUUUUAUUUUCUUAUCUACAUACAUAGCAGUAUAUAUUUUAUUUUACAUUCAGCAGUUUUGAAAAGAAUAUAUUUAAUAAUGCUUUAAGAUAUUUAGUAGAAGCAAUAUUUACCAUCAGAUUGUGUUCCCAUGAGGUUAGCUAUGGUGUAAAUGUGAGCCAAAUGAGUGACUGAAAUUUGCUUAAAUAUAUAUAUUUUUGGUUAAAUAUCUGUGGCAACCCAUGGUGUGUUCUUGUUUAUUUUACCCUGAAUGCUUUAAAGUGUUUACUGUAUGUUAGUAACUUAAAUGAAUCAUCACAUAUUCACAUAUUUUAGUAGAAACGCUUUAUUUGAAAGUGAAAUGCAACCUGAUGCAAACCAAGGUUCAUGAUGAUGUCAAGCACUUUUUUGUGCCAGUGUUACUGUAGCCUCACACAAUCAGAGUAUUUUACCAGUGAGCUUGAGUUAAAGUCUUAUUGUGACCCAACAGCAACUAAAGUAUGAAAAUAAAGUCAAAGAUUUUAUGCUUAUCUGUUUCUGUUAGACUUAAUGUUACGCCAGUAGCAAAAAAACAGCUUAGCUUGUCCCAUUUCUGGCAUUUCAGGCCCAAAACGGGUCAAAGCUGUAGAGUAAAUGUCAGUUUGCAUGGCUCUUCUUGUUUAAUGUUGGUGGGAAUGUGUUCUGUACAGCAGCUUUGUCUCAACACCCUCCUUUGUGUUUGUCUGAGCAUUUAUUAUCCUGCGUAUUUGUUCCUGGUAAUAUACCUAAUUUUCCCUAGACACAGUGAUAACUUGCAUGGGUUAGUUUAAAUCCACAUGGGGAUGAAACUUUUGCUACUUCUGUUCCUUUAAAGGGAAAAUGUACAUUGUACAAAUUAUAUAUAUAUACAUAUAUAUAUAUAUAUAUAAAAAAUAUAUAAAUUAUACCUGGUGUCAGAAGCAGAGAUGUGGUGGAGUAUAACAACAAAGAGAAAUGUUACACUCAUGCUACGGUUUCUGUCGUUCCAUGACAUGAUAUUGUGGACAGCUAAUAAAGACCUCAGUUUAAAAACA